UUCCACCCCCGGCGCCGCAUCCACCUCGACCAUGUGCGUGGUCCCACUGCGCACAAACGGCCGUGCCCACUUCAGCCUCGACGCGGGCCCGAUGCCCGCCUCGCUCGUCGGCCGGCUCUCGGAGGCAGAGUACUACGGCGUCACCGAAAGGAUAAACAAGGCGUUGCUGCCGCUGGCGCACUUUGGCCUGUCCUCGCUCCUGCUCCCGUUCCUCGCGAUCGACGCGCUCACCGUGGCGGUGCUCUACGGCGCCGACCCGUCGCUCCUCGUCGCGCCGCUGUCUCAGGACCUUCCCGACCUGCUGCUGCCCGUGCUGCUCGAGAUCACUCUCGUCGCCGCCGCCUUCCCGCUCGUCUCGCUGCUCGUCUCGCGGCGCAUCGGGCGCGUGCAGGCGCUGGUGCGCGAGGUGCUCGACGACGCAUCGCGCACAUUUGCUCCGCGCGGCGUCCACUUUUCCCUCAAGCUCGGCGUGACUGGCGCGGGCGCCUCGACAAACAUGUGGGUCGAGAUGCAGGUCGCUCCGCUCUUCCGUGUGCCCGUGCCCGUGCCUGUGCCGACCCUCUACCCGAUCCUGCUCCCGUCGGCGAACGAGCACGCCGCGCCGGCGCCUCGCCGCCCAGCCCGACGCCAGCAAACAGCAAGCAACCGCAAGGCCGGGCGCAGCCGCAGCCGCCGCUCGAGCCCUCCUCCUCCGCCGCAGCUUUGCGGGGCGAGGCCUCGCACGAGGCGGCGCAGGAGGGGGGCGCCGCGCCCGGCUCGCUCGCCGAAGAGGUGGCCGCGGCUGCGGCGGCGGGCAGCCUCACCCCGCAGCAGCAGGAGUACUUGCGAGUGCUGCAAGAGAACCAGCUGUUGCGCCAGUACCUCGCGCAGACGCAGGCGCGCCUCUAUUGGGACUACGCCACUCACUAAAGGCCCUAUACGCGCUAAAGGCCUAUACGCGCGGCGCGCUCGUCCAGCUCCAGGCGCAGCACGCCAGUGCCCUCGCCGCACGGACGCAGCCGCCCGCCGGACCUGCCGCCUUGGAUGCCGCGGGCUAGCGGGGCGCAGCCGAGCACGCGAGCGCGUGGAGCGCACACGGCCGUACACGGCCUCUGCGUGCGUGCCACCAUCCCUCGCGGAUCAUCGAGAGCACACCUCGCGCCCGCACGAGCCAGGCCUGCUGAGUGGGUUGAUGCGGCACAUUUGAGUUGCUGCUGCGUGUGCCGUGUCCGUGUGGUCCUGUAGCUAUACCUAACCAAAAGAAGAAGAAGGGAUCUCGUAUUC